AUGAUCGUGCAAAAGCUCCCCGUCACGCAAUCGCUGCACCUCACGGCGGUGCCUCUUACAAGGGAGGCGUUCGCCCCCUUCGGCGACGUCCUGUCCAACCCGCGGCCAGGCUCGCUGCCAUCCAACACGAGCCCAGCCUCCAUCGCAGCCGGUGCGCUGCCGUGCGGUGCCAUCUCCGCCAACCAGGGGACCGCCAUCCAGUACAAGGGCCUAGGGUCCAUGCACAACUUGUACCCGUCGGCGCCGAGCAAGGCGGCCGCCACGCCGCGCGUGACCAUGUUCGUGUGCGGCGCCCGGGAGCUGGCGGGGCCAGGCCGGGACACGGUCGAGGUCAAGGUCCUGGAGCGCCACCCCUUCACGACGCAGACGUUCGUGCCGCUCAACGCCGGCAAGUCCAAGGGGUACCUGGUCAUUGUUGCGCCCACCCUGGCCCCCGGAGUCCUGGACGAGGGGCUGCCGGUGCCGACCGGUGAGGAAGCAGCGAGACUGAAGCUUCCGGGGCGCGGCGUACCCGAUGUUGGCAGGCUGCGGGCCUUCAUCGCCAACGGGGACCAGGCGGUGACGUACGGUGCUGGCACGUGGCACGCGCCAAUGAUAGCUCUUGGGGAGACGGGUUCAGCCAUUGACUUCGUUGUCGUUCAGUUUGCAAAUGACACGGCUGUGGAGGAUUGCCAGGAGGUCACGUUGGGAAGUGGGGAGUCCAGCAACUGCAGAAUCACCGCCAACGUCCCUGGGCGAUUGAGGCUGUCUAAGUUAUAG